AAAAUUUCAUUCCUCUACGCGCGGACGCUGCCAGUACUACGAGUACGACCGAAAAAUAAACGCGCCAUGUACGUAACGGUACGUGCUGUGCGUGCGUGCUCGCACUUAUUACAGGUGCGCACCGAGCCAGCCAGAGCACGCACAGCGUCGCCCGCCGCACAUGGCCAUGGCGUCGUCGCGCCUCUAAAUAUAUUCCCGUGCAGCCCACCACCACCCCCUGCACGUCCCACAGUGGAUCGCACAAGGCACACGUAGCAGAGAGAGAGCACAUGGCAGAGCGAUCGGCGGAUCCGCGGUCGCUUCUGCGGCAAUGCUACUGCUGAGUGCUGGCCCUCGCAGUCGGCAAGGUCGCGCAGUGCUUGGCAGAGGCCGAUCAGAGCGAGCUCUGCCCCGCCGGCGCGGAUGGGCAAGGCGGGCAGGUGGCUCCGAAGCUUCUUGCCGGGCAAGAAGGACCGGGGCAAGGACGCCGGGGACCACAAGACCGGCCCCGAGGAGACGCCGCGGUGGGUGCCGGCGUGGACUCCGCAGACGGUGACGCCGGCGUCGACCCCGGGGGCCAAGGAGAAGAGGAGGUGGAGCUUCCGGCGGCCUGCGACGGCGGUGGCCGCCGGGGCGGGGAAGGACGGCGCGUUCUUGGAGCCGCGGGUGCUGGACCCCGACCAGAGCGCCAUCGCGGUGGCGAUCGCUACCGCGGCCGCCGCCGAGGCCGCGGUGGCGGCCAAGCAGGCGGCUGCCGCCGUCGUCCGGUACGCCGCGUCCGCGCCGGGGUCGAAGCGCGCCGUCAUCGGCAUUGAGGAGGCCGCGGCGAUCAAGAUUCAGUCCGUCUUCAGAUCCUACCUGGCGAGGAAGGCACUGUGCGCGCUCAGGGGGCUGGUGAAGCUGCAGGCGCUCGUGCGCGGCCACCUCGUCCGGCGGCAGGCCAGCAACACGCUGCGCUGCAUGCAGGCGCUCGUCGCCGCCCAGAACAGGGCGCGCACGGCGCGCCUCCGGCUCCUCGACGACGUCGAGAGGCCCCUCCGCACGCCACGGAUGACGCCCACACGCCGCUCUCCGCACCAUCCCCGGCUCCGACAGCAUCAGGAGAUGGAGGAGAACAUCAAGAUCGUGGAGGUGGACACCGGGGCGGGCGACGUGCGCUGCACGCCGAGGACGUCGCGGCGCAGCAGCUGCUACGCCACGCCGCUCUGCCGCACGCCGUCCAAGGUGGAGCUGUACCAGAAGGUGUCGCCGACGCCGUCGGCGCUGACGGACGCGAGCGGGCGGUCCUACAGCGGGCGGUACGAGGACUUCUCGUUCGGCACCGCGCGGGCCAGCCCGUACCACUACUACUACGCCUCGGACGCGUCGUGCAAGCAGCCACCGCCGCCGCAGCAGCAGGGCCACGGCGCCGGCGCCGGCGCGGACCACCCGCUGCUGUUCCCCAGCUACAUGGCCAACACGCAGUCCUCGCGCGCCAAGGCGCGGUCGCAGAGCGCGCCCAGGCAGCGCGCGUCGGUGUCGUCGGCCCCCGAGGUGGCGUCGCCGUGGGAGAGGCAGGCCAGCGCGGGCCGGCGCAGGGCGUCGCUGGAGGGGCCGGCGCAGGCCGCCGCGCGCGGGCUGGCGUCCCCGAAGGGCGCCGUGCGCGUCCAGCGGUGCCAGUCGCAGGCGAGCGCGGCGUGCCCGUGGGGCGUGAGGCUGGACAUGUCGAGCGCGUCCGUCCACGACAGCGAGUGCGGGUCGACCAGCACCAUGAGGACCGCGGCCACCAGCAUGUACUGCUGGUCGGCGGCCGCCAACAGCACCGGCGUCGCGUGACGGCGCCACGGCACACGAGAUUUCUGAAUCGAAUCAGGCAGCCGCAGAAGAAGUGCUAGCGUCUGUAACCUCUAGGGACAAACAAGUUCCGUCCAGUACUGGGGCACUGAAGUUUCUGUGACUCUAGCUAGUUGAUAGUAGAAGAAGCUGAGCAUGAUGGUUUUGAUGUGUGUGAGUGGUCGGUCGGUCUAGCAAGGUCUGAUGACAUUUUCGUGUUUGUGCGUGCCAAGAACAUUGCAUAACAGUGUUGUGUUUUUGACUGUUUUUUGGGUUCCUCGUUUGUGUUUGGAUUGUAGCACUGUUUGAUCUUUCCAAUUUGUCAGCAGUCAAGUUCUAGUCGUA